GUUCAGUCACAUCAAUGCCAAACACAGAAGAAGUGAAGAAGAGCGACUCCGGAAAUUAGUGACCAUCACAAAAGACUUCGGGAUAGAAAACCAAAUCGUUUCAUGUAAAAAUGGCUUUUAAAUCCAAUAGUGAUGAUUUAUUUGACUCCAUUAUCAUGGCCGAUAACAGGUUUCAUGUUGAAGGUUAUCAGGAGGGGUUUGAGGAGGGAACUCGACAGGGAACCUUCGAGGGUCGAAACCACGGGCGGCUGCACGGAGCCAAACUCAGUGCUGAGGUGUCUUUUUAUUAUGGAUUUGCUCUCGCAUGGAAAUGUCUUCUUCAAAACAACAGCGAUGUUAAAUCAAGAAAAAGGCUGAAAGCUAUGGAGUCUUUGAUAGGAGUGAUCCAGAAAUUCCCAUACGAAGACCCUCAUUAUGAGAAACUUCAGGAGGACAUGGAGAGAGUGCGUGCCAAAUUUAGACAGGUGUGCUCUUUAUUGAAUGUGGCAACAGACUUCAGAGAAUAUUUGAGUGGAUCAUCAGGAAUGUCUUUCUGAGACUACAGGAGCCUUCUAGCAGUCAUGGCAAACUCCUAUAGAUCACAUGAUGAUCAUCUGCAGACAGCCGCUCCCGAUGAGGCAGUUUUUGGCGUGUGUACAGGAGUGGACCAUCAUCACUCUCACUGAAAUCGUAUAUGGCAGAAUUCUGGAGCAGUUCUUAGUACUGAACUCUAGACACUGAAUGGAAGAGUUUGAGUGGUAUUCUUAGGAUUUUGGUGAUUUUAAAGUGAGAUAUAAAGGGGUGCAAUGGCACGAUUAUGAGUCGAUCUAAUAUACAAGACAAAUCACUGUCUUUUAUAAGAAUAUUCUUUAUUGAAAAAUGAUUUUUAAUAUUUUUGACCCUUGCGGUGUGCAGAAGAAUGACCUUAAUCUGCCUUCAAAGGUGUAUUCUUAAUGGACAGUGCUGUUCAAAGAAGAAUAGUAUAAACGCCAUCUUGUGGUGAAAUUGGAGAAUUGUUCUUGUAGUUAGGUGGCUCCGCCUGCUGGUCAACUGCAAGUACAGCAGGGUUGUCACUUGAAUUAGAAUGAGUUAAAAUCAGUAAUAAAAUGAAUAUAAACAGCACAGACAGAUUUGCAGGAAAUGCUGUACACGUUUUGACUUGAUUGAAAUGCUUAAUAAAAUUGGUAAGUCUUUAUUUCAGUAUAAAA